AUGGUCAGCCAACACGGUGUGCGAGGUGUGCUGGGCGAAGAUGGAAUUCAUGUUGAUAUGCAGCACCUGAAGAGCGGGGAAGUCAAUAUGGCCAUCAACUUCAAAGACGGUGUGAUUCUCGGCGCAGACAGCCGCACCACGACCGGGGCCUACAUUGCCAACCGAGUGACCGAUAAAUUGACACAAGUGCACGACACCAUCUGGUGCUGUCGAUCCGGGUCUGCGGCGGAUACCCAAGCUGUGGCGGAUAUUGUUUCCUACCAUCUCAACAUGUACGGUGUGGUCAACAACGAGGCCCCUAGCACGCAGGUGGCCGCCUCUCUUUUCCAGGAGCUGUGCUACGAGAAUAAGGAUGCUUUGAGGUUUGUCUCUCUCCCUCUCUCUGUCCCUCUACCCGCAGUCAUUCCGCACCUCCAGAUGUUCUUUUUGGCUAAACUGAUUCCGCCUGCUAGUGCUGGUAUCAUCAUUGCCGGCUACGACCCUCGCCACGGCGGUCAGGUAUAUUCGAUUCCGCUCGGUGGAUCCCUGCACAAACAGUCAUUCGCCAUCGGUGGUUCCGGAUCGACUUAUAUCUACGGUUAUACCGAUGCGCACUGGAAAGAAAACAUGACGGAGGAGGAGGGCAUUGACUUUGUGCGCAGUGCUCUGCAGGAGGCCAUCAAGUGGGAUGGCAGCUCGGGUGGUGUCAUCCGCAUGGUGGUGCUGACCAACCGAGGUGCUGUGCGGCACUUGUACCUGCCGGACACCAACUACACCGGGCCCGGGGUGACAAAUUAA